AUCAAUCAUUUCUCUAGAACUUUCCUUUCACUUUGAUUCUCAAUUUUUAAUUUUCAAUUAUUUCUUACUGAAUUCUGCUUUUGUUCAAGUUUUGAUGAUUUGUGUUCAGUUUCGAGUAGUUUGAGUUAUUUUGCUAAAAAUCUUGAGAUCUGAUUGAAUUUCCGGUGUUGUAAACUCAAUUUGACGGGCAAUUUUGAUCGGAAUAUUGGAGUUUGUUUGAAUUGGAAAUAAGGUUUCCAAAGAGGAAACUUGUUCGAAAAUAUGGUGUUUGACUUUGGGACGCUGGUGGCAAGUUUGAACAGAUUAUCAACUUCUGAUCAUCAAUCUGUUGUGUCGAUUAACUUGUUUGUUGCAUUAAUCUGCGCGUGUAUUAUUAUCGGUCAUCUACUCGAGGAAAAUAGAUGGAUGAAUGAGUCCAUUACUGCCCUUGUUAUCGGUCUUUGCACUGGAGUUGUCAUUCUACUAAUAAGUGGAGGAAAGAACUCACAUAUUUUAGUCUUCAGCGAAGAUCUUUUCUUCAUUUACCUUCUUCCGCCUAUCAUUUUUAAUGCUGGGUUUCAGGUGAAAAAGAAAUCAUUUUUCCGCAAUUUCAGCACUAUCAUGCUUUUUGGGGCAGUUGGCACCUUGAUAUCAUUCAUUAUCAUAUCAUUCGGUGCUACUAGCAUUUUCAAGAAAUGGAAUAUUGGGCACCUUGAAAUUGGAGAUUACCUUGCUAUUGGAGCAAUCUUCUCUGCAACAGAUUCUGUUUGCACCUUACAAGUGCUUAGUCAGGAUGAAACACCCUUACUAUACAGUCUAGUUUUUGGGGAAGGUGUUGUGAAUGAUGCCACAUCUGUAGUUCUGUUCAAUGCUGUCCAGAACUUUGACUUAUCUCAUAUCAACACAAGCAAAGCUCUGGAAUUAGUUGGAAAUUUUCUGUACUUGUUUGCGUCGAGCACCAUCUUAGGGGUUGUUGCUGGUCUACUGAGCGCCUAUAUAAUUAAAAAACUCUACUUUGGAAGGCACUCUACUGACCGUGAGGUUGCUAUAGUGAUACUUAUGGCUUACCUAUCUUACAUGCUUGCUGAAUUAUUCUAUUUAAGUGCAAUCCUCACUGUGUUUUUCUCUGGGAUCGUGAUGUCUCACUACACCUGGCAUAAUGUGACUGAGAGCUCAAGAGUCACCACCAAGCACGCUUUUGCUACAUUAUCAUUUAUUGCUGAAAUAUUCAUAUUCCUUUAUGUUGGUAUGGAUGCUUUGGACAUUGAGAAGUGGAGAUUUGUAAGCGACAGCCCACAAUUAUCAGUUCAAGUUAGCUCCAUACUGUUGGGUCUUGUUUUGGUUGGAAGGGCAGCAUUUGUCUUCCCCCUGUCAUUUUUGUCCAACUUGAUGAAGAAGUCUCCGGAGGAGAGGAUUAGCUUUAACCAGCAAAUCAUAAUAUGGUGGGCUGGACUUAUGCGAGGUGCUGUUUCAGUGGCUCUUGCUUAUAAUCAGUUUACCAGGGGAGGCCAUACUCAGUUACGUGCCAAUGCCAUAAUGAUCACAAGUACUAUCACUGUUGUCCUUUUCAGCACAGGGGUAUUCGGGUUGAUGACAAAACCUUUAAUCAGAUUAUUGCAACCCUCACCAAAACACUUGACCAGAAUGAUCUCUUCUGAACCGACGACCCCAAAAUCCUUCAUCGUGCCACUUCUUGAAAGUACACAAGACUCAGAAGCUGAUCUGGGCCCAAAUGUACCCCGUCCCCACAGUUUGCGUAUGCUCCUAUCAACACCAUCUCACACUGUGCAUCGUUACUGGAGAAAAUUUGACAACGCAUUCAUGCGUCCCGUUUUCGGUGGACGAGGUUUUGUUCCUUUUGUUCCAGGAUCACCAACGGAACCAAGUGGUCAUUAAUUGCAUUGCUGGAUAUGCAGAUUACAGAAAAUCAUUUGUGUCUUGGGAGAGGGGGGAGGGAAGAUGGCAGUUUUUCGUUUUGAGGUUUUGUUUACUGUUAAUAGCUUUUGGGUGUUGCUAUGUGGUUAAAAAGGGGGUUUUCUGGUUUAUAGGUAUAAUCAUUUUUCAGCUGAGUGCUGGCUUUUGGUCAUUGCUGACAAUUUCUGUCUGAAUUCCUUGAUUUUCUUUUUUGGUUAGUAAUUGAUCAGAACACCAAAUAGGUGUAUAUUCUGUUAAGGCAUAUGGGCUUAGCUGCAUAAAUUAUCUUUGUAAAAUCCAUCUACAGGUUAGAGUUUGGUUCAUUUAUAUGUAGAAUUCACCUGGUUGUAACAUUCUCAUUGCUCAGUAAAGUUGCUUAGAUACA